AUGGAAUUAUUGAAAAUAGCUUAUAAUAUAAAUUUAUAUUUCAUUCCAAUUAUAAUUAUAUUUGGUAUUAUUGGUAAUAUACUUAAUAUAUUUAUAUUUACUCGUCCAGCUCUUCAUCGUUCAUGUUCGAUUUAUUUUUUGGCUGGAUCUUUUAAUGGUCUUAUUAUACUUAUUUUCGGUACAUUAAACAAUUGGUUUUCACAAAUACUUCCUGUUUUAAAUCCUAUUGGUACAUCGCUUAGUUAUUGUCGUUUUCUAUCUUAUUUCAUCUAUGUUAUUUAUAAUUUAGCUCCAUAUUUUACAGCAUGUAUUACAAUAGAUCGAUUCUUGUCAAGUUGUCCCGAUGCAAAUCUACGUCGUUUGAGUUCCCGUCCUCAAACAGCUUAUAUAGUUAUACCUAUUGUAAUUUUUAUGACAUCAAUAGCUUAUAUUCAUAUGCCCAUUCGAUAUACAAUUAUUAGGUCGAUAUGUCAACCACAACCAGGUUUUUAUGCAAAUUUUUUUCCGUUUUUUACAACUGGAUAUUAUUUUUUUGCUAUUAUUCUAAUUAUUAUAUUUGGUUUGGGUACAAGCUAUAAUAUUCGAAAUCGACGUCAAAGAAUUCAACCAUUAGUUAAUACAAAUGCAAUAGUAGAACGACGACGUGCUCGAGGUGAUGCUCAACUAUUAAUUAUAUUAUUCUAA